UCCACGCUCUCGAAUUCUAUCGUUGCAGUCCCCAGGUCGGGCAAGAUGAUGAUAACAGACGUCCUGCACCGCACUUUCGUCAGUGGACUGGCCGCACUAAGCGUGUAUGGAGUAUUCAUGGGUUAUGCUGUGCACCGCGAAACACUAGCGAAAGGGAGAGGUGAGAUGAUGUAUACCACCAAUUUCACCCCAACUUUCUGA